AUGCGGCCCGGGUACCUGCAGUGGCCCGCAUGGAGUUGGGGCCCGCUCCUGCCUUUACUGCACGCAUUUGUCCAUCGUGUGUGGUUCCUCCUUCCCAUAUGCAGACAGCCUGCUCCCGCCCACGGAAGGAAUGCAAGACAGUGCACCGUUGUUUCCUUCCAUGUGGUGGCUGCAACGGGAGGCCGCAAGGACGGACGGAAAAGGCGUUUUCCCCGGCCCCUACCCCGGCCUGGCGCAUUGACCUCGUCCGAAUUCGAUACCUCGCUCUCCAUCGAGUACUCACAUGACCCGACCCUAUUACUAAAGUUUCCUAACCUAAGUGGAUACGCCAAGACCGACCCCACACUGUGA